CCCGACGCAACGCGCAGCAACGGCAGCAGCACAGCCUCGUCAACCACUGCCAGCAGCACAACAACAUCGCCACCGCCACCGCCACCACCACCACCGACUAUGAAGCUCAUCCACCUGGCCAUCGGGCUCGUCGCCCUGCUGGCCUGCGCCGCAACAAUUGCCGCGCAAUGCGACUCAUCCCAGGACUGCCCAAGCGAUGAAUACUGCGACAUCUACAACAACUGCUACAACUGCAGCGGCUGCUUCGUCUGGCUGGACGAGAUCCGCACGCAAAACCCUGGCUACUUCCCCGAUACCUGCCCCGAGAAGUGCCGCGAUGAGCGCUUCGAGUGCCAAUACAGCCCGCACUGCCCUGACAACUCUUACUGCAACACCAACUACGAAUGCAGCGCGUGCGCCGACUGCCCCGCAAACAACGAUGGCAUCUACGGCCUCCCCUGCCAGGAGUGGUGCAUCCAGUUCCUGACGACGACAACUGAGGCCAACGUGGAGUGCAACGACCACACGGACUGCGGCGCGACGGAUUACUGUGACGUGAACAACAACUGCUUCGCCUGCGAGGAGUGCUACCGCGUGCGCGACCCAUUUGAUGGCUCUGGUGAGUGCCCAGAGAAGUGCCGCAACCAGGACCUCGAGUGUCAGAUUAAUGAGCACUGCCCCCAGGACUCGUACUGCACGGACGGCUUUGCCUGCCAGACAUGUGACCAGUGCGCCGUCCUCGACAACGGAGUGUACGGCUCGGCGUGCGCUGCAUGGUGCCCUGGCACGUCCACGAGCAGCUCCACCUCCACCUCCUCCAGCUCGUCCACCACAAGCAGCACUAGCUCCUCGUCCUCCUCGUCCACAAGCACUAGCUCCUCUUCCUCCUCGUCCACAUCCUCCUGGCCCGCCACCACAGACGAAGGCGCCCUUGAGACCACCGACGCCCCGGCCACAGAGACCACGGAGGCCACGGAGACGACUUCCACCUCUACCUCCACAUCCUCGUCCUCCUCCACCUCAUCCUCCACAUCCUCGUCGUCGUCCUCUGCCUCGACAGAGGGCAACCAGGGCACAGAGGCCGCGGACACAACAAGCUCCACGUUCACCUCCACCUCCUCUUCUUCGUCCACGUCCUCCUCCACCUCCACUUCUUCGUCUUCCUCCGCUGCUUCGACUGAGGGCAACGAGGGCACAGAGGCCACGGAGGCUGUUUCCACGUCCACCUCCACCUCCACUUCCUCUUCCUCUUCUUCCUCCACGUCCUCCUCCACCUCUACUUCUUCGUCUUCCUCCGCUGCUUCGACCGAGGGCAACCAGGGCACAGAGGCCACGGAGGCUGUUUCCACCUCCACCUCCACUUCCUCUUCCUCUUCCUCUUCCACAUCGUCCUCUUCUUCCUCUUCCACAUCAUCUUCCACCUCGACGUCCACCAACACCGAGACCAGCGGCUCUCCCGUGACCACAAGCCCCGCCUCAACCACCUCCGAGGAGGCCACCACCACCACGGGCAGCGGCCAGGAGAUUGUGUGCAACGUCGACAACUGCUUCGAGUGCUCGGAGGACAACGUCUGCUCCGUCUGCAAGAACGGGCGCUACCUGUACGAUGGCGCCUGCUUCGACACAUGCCCCACUGGCUUCACGGGUGUUGGUCGUGGCAACUUCCGCCGCCGCUGCGAGCAGGUCCCAGACUGCGUUGCCGGCGAGGACGACUGCCACACGUGCUCCCCAGAUGGCUCCGAGUGCAUCCUCUGUGCAAACUCGCAGUUCCUUCUCAAGGGCAAGUGCGUCGGUAACUGCCCAGCGGAGCGCUACCGCUCCCGUGGUCGCGGUAACUUCAACAGGUACUGCGAGCCCCUGUACGCGUGCGACAUUGUUGGCUGCCACCGCUGCCACCCGAUCAUGUCCACCUGCCUCCUGUGCCGCGAUGGCCUCUACCUCCACGAUGGCCAGUGCGUUGAGUCCUGCCCAGUUGGCCUGACCGCCAUCGGCUCUGGCAACUACAACCGCCGCUGCGAGAAGGUCUGCGUCGACAAGCAGAACGACUGCCACACGUGCGACCUGGCGCGUCAGAACUGCGUGCUGUGCGGCAACCGCAAGUCCCUGUUCGAGGGUGUGUGUCUGGAUGCGUGCCCUGAUGGCUACACUAGCGUUGGCAGGGGCAACUUCAACAACCGCUGCAUUGCCAAUUCUGAGUAAACAGCGCGUGCGCUUCCCCUUCCCUCGCUAUCACACACACACACACACACAUCUAUUCACGCACAACACACGCAAACCCAUGGCAGCCUCUGCCUCCAGUUGUUCCAUUCCCCGUGCGCAGCAUGCUGCCUUGUCGCACGUGGUUGGUUGACUGGCUGGUGACCUGCUCUGGCUGCUAUUUGUAUGUGCUGUGCCGUCUGCCUUGAUACAUACCUGACCUUCUUCCUGUCUUGCCACAUCUCGUGGCCAUUCCCUCAAACCUCUUGUUUGCUUGUUUCUCUGCCAACCAUCCUGUCUACUCAUUGCUUG